CGCAGGUCGCCCGUUUCUCAAAAAUCUAAACAAGACCUAAGGCCGGUUGUCCACCAUGCGUCUGAGAGGGGCAAUCGCGUGCGACGCAUAUGCACCGUUUUGGCGCAGCCUUACAACCUCCGCAACCAAUUGUUGCCACUCCUAAAAAAAAAUUGCAUGGCAUCCAGACCAGUUCACUGCGACCACCGGCGCACAGCUUAACAACGAAGACUGCACAUACACAUGAAUCAGUACCGCUGACGGGAGGACAUUGAAGUAUACAUAGUACCAAAGCGGACUGCAGCAAUGUUGUUGUCUCGCCGAGCCUGCUACAAGUGUGGCAACAUUGGUCAUUACGCUGAGGUCUGCUCCUCGACCGAGCGUCUCUGCUACAAUUGCAAACAGCCCGGUAGGCCCUAUACGAUGCACGUCAUUUACGCACCAACAACAUAUCUGACUCGCUCACAGGACAUGAGUCCAACAACUGUCCGCGUCCCCGUACUACUGAGGCCAAGCAAUGCUACAACUGCCAGGGAGUAGGCCACGUUCAGGCUGAUUGUCCCACUCUUCGCCUCAACGGUGCCAACGGCCGUUGCUACAAUUGCGGUCAGCCCGGUCAUCUUGCUGUAUGUCUAUUAUUCACGUGUGUACAAUCGCGUGGAUAUUCAACUCAUUGACCCACUCCAGCGCAACUGCCCCGUUCCUGCUACGGGUGCUCCCCGGGCCCCUGCUGCUC